AUGCGACUACUAAAACGCGACGAUAUAGGCAACUAUAGCCUGACACCAGACCUGUCCUCCGACGAUGUUCCGCCUUACGCGAUUCUUUCUCACACCUGGGGACCAGACGAGGUAGUCUUCCAGGACCUGACAACGACGCCAGGUGAUUGGCAGCGCAAAGCUGGUUACCACAAGAUUGAGUUUUGCGCCGACCAAGCGAGACGGCAUGGGUUGGAAUUCUUCUGGGUCGACACUUGCUGUAUCGACAAAUCUGAUAGCAUCGAGCUCCAGACUGCGAUCAAUAGCAUGUUUCGGUGGUAUGGCGAUGCAAAACGAUGCUAUGUCUACCUGUCCGAUGUCUCUGGCCCUGCAGCCUCCGGUCGACGGAAUAGCAUGACGUCGUGGGAUGAUGCAUUUCGACAGAGCAGAUGGUUCACUCGUGGGUGGACGUUGCAGGAGCUCAUCGCCCCGAAAACAGUCGAUUUCUACUCGGAGGAAGGGGCUUGGCUAGGUGACAAGCAGUCAUUAGAGCCUAUGAUACGCGAUAUUACAGGCAUUCCUGCGAGUGCUCUGCGUGGUACACCUUUGUCCGACUUCACUGGCUCGGAACGCGAGGCGUGGGCACGCGGCCGUCAAACCAAAUAUGAGGAGGACAUGGCGUACUCGCUCCUUGGUAUAUUUGAAGUUCAUAUGCCGCUAAUCUAUGGCGAAGGGCGAAAAAAUGCACAGAGACGGCUGCGGGAAAAGGUUCAGAAAGCCAUAAAGGUGCUAGGGUCACGAACGAACGAUUUCUCAGUUACCUUCAGCCUAUCCGAAGUUCCCGAGAUCCAAUACUUUGUCGCACGAGAGAGGGAAAUCACAGAGGUGCGCAGAAUUCUAAGUUCAGAUGGAAGCCGUCGCGCCGUUACCCUCCACGGCCUUGGGGGCAUUGGCAAAACACAGCUUGCCAUAGCAUACACAAAGCGAUAUCGAGACGAAUAUUCCGCCAUAUUUUGGUUUAAUAUCAAAGACGAAGCGGCCAUUCAACAGAGCUUCACUAAAGUUGCGAAGCAGAUCUUGCAACAGCACCCUGAUGCUAGCCUCCUUAGCGCACUAGAUCUUCAGAAAGAUCACGACGAGGUGGUAGAAGCUGUCAAGGCAUGGUUCAACUUAUCAGGCAACACUAGGUAG